AUGAGUGGGAUCGAAGUCCUCACCAACUUCUUCGAGAACAUCCGUCCGAGGUACUCCUGGUCUUCUUCCGAAACAGCCGCUAGUAAUUCACAUGCCCUUUCUACACCAUCUUCGCCGUCUCGUGCUUCGGCUUUAAACGAUGAGAUCCACUCCGAUGCGACGUUGGCAUCUCCUCCUACAUCUCCCUUGCAUGGAUUAGAGGCGUCCGAGUAUGAUUGUGGUGUCUACACGGAUGCUGAAGAUGAGGAUGAUGAUAGUGAGAGUGAAGCCGGUAAUGUGACUUCGCGAGCUAGUAAUAGUGUCAUCGGGGACGCGGUUAUCGCUGCUUCUGCUGCUUCUGCUGUCGCGUUGGAGACCCCUGACGCGACAGUUAGGCUCGCAAGUCCUCCUAUCGUGCCACCAUCCGAGUCUCCCUCGAGUGUCAGUGUAUCAGAAGAAACACUAGUCACAGAGCAGGCUGGUUCUUCUACAGUAGAAAUUGUUCCGACUGCUGAAACUAGGACGUCCUCAGAUGAUACCCCGAUUGCUGUCAGUCUCGCAAUUCCAGAGGAUGACGGCCAUAGCGUUCUUCGAGAAAAGCUCUUGGAGAUCCAAAGGUCUGGUCUGACGGAACGGGAACGGGCUCAAAGGAUGCAUCUGCUCAUGACGGAAGGUUAUCUCAGGCGGACAGGCCAACGGGCAUCAGUCUCACCGGCAGGCUCUCGACCUCGUAGCAUGGUAGAAGGAGAUCCUUUCAGCAUCGCAGAGGAAGACAUGGAACCCUCGUAUGCUAAUGAAGACGAAGGUAUCUUUGGAUGUGCUCAUUAUCGCAGGAAUGUCAAGUUACAAUGCUCGACUUGUGAUAAGUGGUAUCCGUGCCGCUUUUGCCACGACGAUAAAGAGGAGCAUGCUCUAAUACGAAAGGAUACGAAGAAUAUGCUGUGUAUGCCCUGUGGAACUGCGCAACCUGCUGCGCAAACUUGCCGGCAGUGUUCACGGUAUGCCGCUUCAUACUAUUGCGACAAGUGUAAACUCUGGGAUGAUGAUCCAACUCGAACUAUAUAUCAUUGUAACGAUUGUGGCAUUUGUCGGAUCGGCAGAGGGUUAGGGAAGGACUUUUUCCAUUGCAAAAAAUGCGGGGUCUGCAUGUCUAUUGAGCUGGAGGGACAACAUCGCUGCAUUGAACGAAGUACUGACUGCGACUGUCCCAUAUGUGGUGAAUAUUUAUUCACAUCUGUAAAUACCGUCGUCUUCAUGACCUGCGGCCAUUCCAUUCAUCUCGACUGUUACAAUGAGCAUAUGAAAAGCUCGUAUAGAUGUCCGACAUGUGCAAAGAGUGUUUUCAACAUGGAAAGUCGAUUCCGGUAUUUAGACUACGAAAUACAGCGCCAACCUCUUCCAGACCCUUACAGAUUCUGGCAUUGUCAUAUUAUCUGCAACGACUGUUCGGCUAAAAGUGAUGUGGCAUUCCACUUUCUCGGGCUGAAGUGCGAUACUUGCAAGAGCUACAAUACCUGCGAGGUCAAAUUGAUACGUCCUGAAGAUGACCCCAACAAUACCUCGCCAAGUUCAGUAUUGUCACGGAAUCUUCUCCCACCGCCCCACCUCAUGCCUAACCCUGAAACCGCAGGAACUAUUGUUCCCGGAGAGGAUGUUGUUGCGGACUUGGCUUCUGUUUUGAGGGAGAUAGAAGGGCAUGAUGUUCGAUCCGGGCCUUUGGCUAUCAAUGGCGUUGAUUCAAGCGAUGAAUCCGACUGCUCCUGUGCGGAUGGAGAAGGCGGGUACGAUACCGAUAGCCUUGACAGUGGUGAAGAAUAUGACGGAGGCGACGAUGACGAUGGAGAUGAAGGAUCACUCGAUGGCGACGAUGACGGAGAUGACGACGAAGAUGAAGAACCGGCCUACGACGGACCAGCUCCUGUUGAAAUAGUACAUUUACCAGGCCAUCCUUAA